GAUCAAAAUCCCACUAAUAGUGGUGUCCUCUACGAUUCACAGCAGUCCGAUACAGGAAGAAGGGUAGAAUAUUCAGUGUCCACUCCAUCACUCCCAGGACCUUCGACGACAACCUUCGAACCUCAAUUCCCAUCCUCUGUGAUGGACCGGGAUCGUGAAGACCAGCAGCAACGGCGGCGAGACGGGUCCACCUCUUCAUCGACAGACUUAUUUUCGACUCCCAACAUUGAUUUGUCGGACACUGCCACGUCUAGCAUUCAUCGGGCAUCUAUUCGACCGCUAUGGGGCCGAGAGGCCGCCCAUCCCGUAAUACACCCUCCGUUGUCACACCAUCUUAUCGCCAGUCAGGACAAUCGCACCAUCAGCACCAGCAGUCAAACGCCAAUGCCAACACAUCGUACUAUCCCUCCCACCAGCAGCAGCACGGUCAUGGCCAUGGCCUGCAAUCGCAGCACCAACAACA